AUUAAUGAAAUCGAAAAACAAGAUGAAGCAGAAAUCUACCAUACUGAAGAAGGAGACCAAGAUGAUGACCUCUUAUUCUACAACCCUUGGACUGAUAUUGUUUCUGACAACAACCUUGCAGUAUAUGUUGUUUUGACUGCUGAAGUUUCUACAACACCUCUUCUAACUAUUAAUACUUCUUUAAAUGGACAACAAAGAGAAAAAGCUAAAGAAAUUCUUCUAAAUAACCACCAAAUUUUUGCUAAAAAUAUUUCUAAAGAAAAACAAACUUUAGAACUGGAACAAACCAAAGAAGUUUGCCAUAAAACUAACACUCCUGGUGCUAAACCAAUUAAACAACGAGCCUACAGA